AUGUCUUUAAAUUUGAUAAUAGUUUUUAAACUGAUAUUAUUUCUUGGCGUUCAAUGCGAUGAAGAGAUCCGCAGUUAUUCCGGAUAUUCAGUCAUUCGUUUAGUCCCUAAGACUGAAUCACAACUCAAUUAUUUGAGAGAAUUAGAGGAAAAUGUGUUAGAACUUGACUUCUGGAGGGGUCCCUCAUAUGUGGACAGACCCGUCGAUGUUAUGGUUCCGCCGCAACUCAAUCAUACAUUUGAUAAGAUUUUUGAAGACAAACUAUUGGAGAGAAAUGUUAUGAUAGAAGAUCUAGAAAAUGAUUUUAUUGAAGACAAGGCGGACGACCCUGCGUUGAGAGCAAAGCCAUUGCGAGCAGAUAUAGUCGAAAGACAUUUUGAUGACUUCCAGAGACUCCCAAAAAUUCAUUCAUAUUUAGACGCCGUUGUAUCUAAAUAUCCGGCCGUGUCUUCCGUUAUAUCUAUCGGUAACUCAUAUGAGGGCCGACCCCUCAAAGUGAUUCGUAUUGGCGAAGGCAAUGAAAACCAAAACAAACCAAUCAUUUUCAUUGAAUCGGGAAUCCAUGCGCGCGAAUGGAUAUCUCCGGCCACUACUCAAUGUUUUGGUCAAUACCUCGUUCAGGGAUAUAAAGCCCGAAAUGCGGACAUCACUGCUUUGCUCCAGAAAUUUGAUUUCUAUAUUCUUCCAGUUCUUAAUCCUGACGGGUAUGAAUACACGCACACCAGGGACAGGAUGUGGAGAAAGACUCGUAAGCCAUACGGCAGCUGUUAUGGUAUACAUUUAGCUAACUCUUUUUUGAUCCUGAUUCAAGUGCUGAUCCUAACAGAAACUUUGGGUACCAAUGGGGAGGACAGGUUAGGUUCGGAGACAUAUAGAGGUCCGUCCGCUUUCUCAGAACCCGAAACUAAAGCCGUUUCCGAUUAUGUGAUGAGAAUCAGAGACAAAAUAAAGGCAUAUUUAGCCGUUCAUUCAUAUGGACAGUAUUGGAUAUAUCCCUGGGGUUGGACUAAUACCUUGACUCCUGAUGAUAAAAAUUUGGCCCGAUUGGCAAAAGUAGCUUCAAAUGCAUUGGCCUCUGUUUACGGCACUAAAUACACGACCGGCACCUCCACUAAUGUUCUCUAUGCGGCCGCUGGAGGAGCAGAUGACUGGGCGUACGGGACGGGUGGCAUAAAGUAUGCCUAUACUGUGGAACUCAGAGACAAAGGGAGCUAUGGUUUCGCUCUCCCGAAGUCUCAGAUCAGACCGACCUGUGAAGAGACUACCGUUGCCUUCAUUGCAUUCGCUAAGGAAUUGGCGAAAGAAGUCUGA